GUGAGCUCUCCUCACCUUCGUCUCCCGCACUCUGUUCACCACCAUGAUGACACCCUUCUGCCUCUCUUGAGUCCUUUUCGCAUUGCGCUUGGCGCAGCCCAAGAACCCCAAACUAAUGCAAGAUGGGUGAACUGCAACAGACUCGGGGUCUCGAGGCCUUCGGUCGCAAAGUGACGACAACAGCAAGUCACUUGAUCGGCCCCAUCACCGACCCGACCUCUCAUCCUCACUACCAGACCGCCAUGACCGAGAUACACAAGCAGCUCCAGAAGCCCACGCUUCAACGGGGCGUCUUCGCUAUAGCGCGUACGACGCCCACCGAUUUAGUGCGCUCCAAGCUGUCGUCAAAGGAAAUUCAAUCUCGAGCACUGGCCUACGUGCCCGAUGAGCUUCUCAGAAACAUCCCUGCCAGCUCCAACUCAUACUCGUUAUUCCAGGGCUUUCAGGCCAGUUUUCCCGACUUUACCGAUGAUGGAAAGAAGCACAAGCGACGGGUGUCUCGGGGGAGGAAGAUGCUCGAUGAGAGCCCUGUGCAACCAGGAAGCCCGCACGCGGUACAGAGGUUAAAGAAAGAUAAGGCGUCAAUGAUGCACCAACUUGAAAUGCUUGGUAUUCGGAAAAAUAUGGCUAGCAGCGAGAUCCGUGAGAUUGAUAACAAAAUCGCCAAUCUGCACGGCAUGCGCAAGAUCAUCCUCGACAGGCUCGCUAAUCUUGAAAAAGAGGAGGCAGUAUUAGAGCAUGACAUCAUGGAUGUCGAGAGCAGGCUAGACGAAGCUCAAGAACUUGCUGAUGAGGCGGAAUCGUUGGCGAUGGCGACACCGAACAAGUCCGAGGAGGAUCUAUCAAGAACUGAAGAAGGAUUCAUGUCGCAAUCCAUCUACGAGAAAUUACCAGCAGCCAACACUCCUCCCGGAAAGAAGAAGCCUCGCAACCAUCGCAAGAAGACACUCCCGAUUCUCCACGAGCAUUUUGAGCCAGGCACGAUGAUUCGCUCGAUGCGCGCGCACCAGGAUAACAUCACGGCUCUCGACUUCGAUGCUCCUUUUGGUCUUAUGGUUUCGGCUGCAAUGGAUGACUCGGUUCGUGUGUGGGACUUGAACGCCGGGCGCUGCAUCGGUACUCUUGAAGGUCACACGGCAUCUGUACGCACUCUUCAAAUUGAAGAUAACUUCUUGGCUACUGGCUCUAUGGAUGCGACAAUCAAGCUGUGGGACUUGAGCAAGGCCCACUACGACCCCCAGGGUAGCCAGGAGGUCGAUGAGGAGGACGAGGACCUUGCGUUUGUCAACCCGAACGAUCACGCAGUCGAUCCACCUGCCGGAAGCAUGGCUGAUUGCCCUCUUUUCACUCUCGAGGCCCAUCUCGACGAGAUUACGGCCUUGCAUUUCAGGGGAGAUGUGCUCGUUUCUGGCUCCGCCGAUAAGACGCUUCGUCAGUGGGAUCUUACAAAGGGUCGUUGCGUGCAAACACUGGACGUGAUGUGGGCCGCCGCCCAAGCCACCGCUAUGGGCAGCAGUGACGGUCCUUGGAGACAGACCAGCCGCUCUGCCGACGGAUCCGCAGACUUCGUUGGUGCCCUGCAGGUCUUUGAGUCUGCUCUGGCUUGCGGUACUGCUGACGGUAUGGUUAGACUCUGGGAUCUUAGAAGUGGACAGGUGCACCGUAGUCUGGUUGGACAUACCGGCCCGGUUACCUGCCUCCAGUUUGAUGAUGUUCAUCUCGUCACUGGCAGCUUGGACAGAAGCAUUCGUAUUUGGGAUCUUCGCACUGGAUCAAUCUUCGACGCUUACGCUUAUGAUCACCCUAUCACCAGCAUGAUGUUUGACACCCGCCGAAUUGUUUGCGCUGCUGGUGAGGAUGUGGUUAAGGUGUACGAUAAGGUUGAGGGACGGCAUUGGGACUGCGGCGCCGGCAUCACUGAGGCUGAGAAGGCCAAGUCCCCUGCAAUCGUCGAACGCGUGCGCAUCAGGGACGGCUACAUGGUCGAAGGCCGUCAAGACGGUGUCGUCGGCGUCUGGACAUGCUAAAAGCGACAUGGUUCCCGGGGGGUUGCAUUGCUUGUACAAAUACGACAUCAUACGACACGACUUACACUGGAGUGAAGCAAAAGGGGCGGCCACGUAUAUUGGUGUUCAUGAGUUUAUGAAGAGGACUCGUCUAGCGACAAAAUAAAGUCAUUGUUAGGGUUGGCUGGAUACCUGGGGUCUGUACGAGUGUAUGUUCGCAAUGGAACUAUACAGCAGUCACAUAUAUUUUUCACCGGUGCAAAACUAAGUCCUUGACGACGGUUGAGUAAUAUAUCCCCAACAGAGCCAACCUGAAGCAUCCACCCCAUUGAAAGAAUAGGUGAACGCGCCUGGGUCCAAGUGGGGAUCAUCUCGAAAUGCGGAAGUCAUGAAAUCAUCGGAGCAGUGUCCGAAGAGGGGUAAAGGUGCUUCCGGUCUUUACCCUGGCCUCGCCCUUGCUUCCGGUCGUUGAACUCCCUCCACGGAGACAAGCUU